AUGACGAGCCUUGUCGAGACACGGCCAGAGCAAAAACUGCCAGCCUGCUCGCUGGACGCGCCCGCCCAUUUCAGCCCCGUAGCACCAUUCGCCUGUGCACAGCUCACGGCGAUUGGGACACCCGCCGACACGUCAAGCUGGCUGUCGAUGCUCUGGAGGGCCAGCCGGGCACUUAGGCAUCUGCAACCCGCCAAAGCACUCUUCCUCCCAGCACCCCUUGUCACCACCUUUCCGUCGUAUAUACUCGGCCACCCUCUCCAUCAAUCCGCCGGUUUACAAUGGUCUCAUGCCCUGGCUCCUCGGGCACAGCCCAUUGCCACUCGCGAUCCGACAGAAGGGACUGGGCCGGAUGCACAGCCAGAAAACACGUCUCCCGCUCUGACCUCGUCGCCCGAGCCUCCACCGAGCGCGUCCGACGAGAAAGCGGUAACUGUCCCAUCCCGCAUCCGCUUCAGCGACCCCACUCUGGGCCCUGCCAUAGACAAAUUGGUGUCCAAGGGUCGUCCUGUACUUCUCAAGCGCAGCUCGGACCCAGUUGUGGCCUUCCUGACCGAUCCUGUACAAGCUCGCAAGGUGGCAAUCCGCAUGGCGGAUUCAUCCGAGCCCAUGCGGGCAAUUCGUGUGCUGAUUAUAUCAAACAAACUCGGGUGCAAGUUCGCACAGCUUUUGUACGAAGGGCUAGCUCAUCGCUUCGCAAAGCAGGGACGGUGGCCACUUGUCCGUCGCGUCGUAGAGCUAGGCAAGCGUCACACUGGACAUACGACUCUCCGCCUGCUGAAUUGGCGUACGCGAGCCUUGGUCCACACACAAGCUUACGCGUCUCUGAGCGGUGUUCUCGAACUCUUUGCAGAGGAGAAAGUGAAACCCGACCGCAGGACAUACCACUUACUGAUCUCGGGGCAACUCCGCAACCGAGAUCUGGUCCGCGCGAAGCGCUGCAUGGGUCUGAUGGAAGAGGCUGGCUUUCCUCCAGAUGUCUCUACGCACGCUCUCAUCGUCUCCUCAUAUCGAUCACUGGGGUCAGAUCCCACCGUGCAAAGGAAGGCGCUCGAGCAUUUGGCCAAAGCCGACGAGAAGGAGGCCACCGUCAUCCUCAAUGGACUCAUUCAGAUGUCUCUAGACUGCAACGACAUGGUGGCGGCCUUUCGCUUUCUCACCAUGUACGACUCACGCAUCGCCCAAAGCGAUUCUCAGGUCAACGAGGAAGGUAUUGUCCGAGUCGACGGCGACAUUCAACGCAGGUCCCAUCCUCCCCCCGGAUCUGUUCAGGAUACAGCGACGUACACAAUGCUCGUCAAUUACUUCGCAAAAACUCGGGAUCUCGAUCGUGCUUGUCAGGUCUUCGAGCAAAUGCGAAAGGCAGGUGUUCGACCAGAUAGCAGGGCCGCUGCGGCGCUGAUUCGAGCGCACUUCAAUACGGGACAUUCGGUCACCGCUCUACGCAUGGUUGCGGAUGUAUGCAAGGACACACCCCAAAUCCGUCAACUUUUCGCUCGGAUCGGAUUCUCCGCCGAGAUGGAAAAGGACGGGCUACACAUUCCUCCCGGCAUCGGGCCCUCGGCUCACAUCUUUAACGCUCUUCUGCAAGGGAUCCUGACGAGUCAUGGUCUAAAUGGCAUGCGAGUUGUCAUGCACCUCAUGCGCUUGCACAAUGCGGACAUGGAUCAAUACACGCUUGAGAUCUUCCUCUCACAUCUUGACAAGGUCGAGAACGCUCGUCCUCGCGAGAUCAUGCGGCUACUGAGAAAGCUUCAUUCUGAGCACAUUACGCCGACUUUGCGGCAUCUGCAUGUCAUCCUGCGCACUAUACUGCGACGCGAACGGCGCCGAGUGAUUCGGGCAGAAGAUCGCGCUCCUACGGACGUUGUAUCCUUCGUGUCCCGGGCAAAUGGCGAUCCUCCGAUGAAGGAGAUCUCGGGUGUUGCAGAAUCAUUUGACCCUUCAGGAGGUGUCGAACUGACGCCUUGGCUUUCCUACCGCCGCUUGAUGGAGCCUUUGGUGAGCUCACUGCAAGACCGCGGAGUCAGAAGCGAUAGGGCUACAUUCGCACUCAGGAUUCGACACGACGCCGUCGUCAAAGGCGACAUGGGGCUGGCGAAACAAGGCUUCGAAGCCAUGGUCGGCCGUGGUCUACAUCCGAACGAGUACCACUUCUCCGCGCUUGUGGAGGGUUACGUCCGGCAGGGUGACAUGACUGCUGCAAUGGAUAUCAUACGUGCGGCCACGAAGAUGGGCGUCAACCCUAACGUCCAUAUGUACUCCAUGAUGAUCGUUGGAUACGCCAAGCAGAAAAACCCGACACAAGCUUUGCACAUAUUCCACGAGAUGACCGCCGCGGGGAUCCAACCGGACGUUGUGUCUGUUCACAUUCUCACACGUGCUUUUAUCCUGGCGGGAGCGAAGAAUACCGCGCAUAAUGUGCUGAUGGAGCUCUGGCCGAAGGUCGCCCCUUUCCCGGCUGCUCUCCGCGACGCUUCCUUGCACAUCCUGAUGAAAACGUUUGGGGCACUCGUCAAGACCGGAUACACGUUCAAGGAGCGAUUGUCAUCUAAGAAGCAGCGGAUACUCAGGUGGAAAGUGCGUGGUCUGGUGCAAAGGUGGCGCCGGCCGGGCGGAGAAUAG